GGUUUUGUACUUUAAAUAAAAAAAAUAUUUUCUAAUAUAAUAAUGUUGUUGAAAGGCUUUUUAUUAAGUUUAUUAUACAUCAAAUCAAUUCACAACUUAAAAAGUGGAUGUGGUUGUACAAGCAAUCGAGAGAAAUCGGAAUAUUUUGGCACAGAGACUCAAAUAAAUAAUGCAAUACAAAAUGAGCAUUGCCCCAUUGAAAAUCAAUAUGUUGAUUCCAUUGAUAUCAAUUCUAAGAAACACUCUGAAAUGAUACAUAUACCUGCAGGUGCAUACCAAUUUGGUACCGAUGAUGUAGUAAUUGAAGACGAUAAAGAAGGUCCAAAAAAAUUAGUAAAACUAAAAAGUUUUUACUUAGAUAAAUACGAAGUUUCUAACAGGGAUUUUAGUAUUUUUACUGAAUCUACUGACUAUAAGACUGAAGCCGAGACAUUUGGUGAUAGUUUUGUGUUCACACUUUUCCUCAAUGGCACAUUUAAGGAAAAGCUUAAAGAUUUUCGUGUGAUGCAGGCGCCUUGGUGGUACAAAGUGGAUGGCAGUAACUGGAGACAUCCUUAUGGACCUGAUUCUAAUAUAUCAGACUUGAUGGACCACCCAGUAAUACAUGUGUCUUGGAAUGAUGCUAUUGCUUACUGCAAAUGGAGAGAUGCACGGUUACCUACAGAAGCAGAAUGGGAGGCUGCAUGCAGAGGAGGGAACCAUAAUUUUACAUACCCAUGGGGUGAUAAAUUGUACCCUAACAAAAAGCAUAUGUCAAACAUAUGGCAAGGUACAUUUCCAAAUCACAAUUCAAUGAAGGACGGCUACAUUGGCACUAAUCCAGUGCACCUGUUCCCUCAAAAUGAUUUUGGCCUCUACAAUAUGGCUGGCAACGUAUGGGAGUGGACACAAGAUUCCUGGUCUGAUGUCAAUAUCAAAGAAAAAGUGAAGAAGGGUGGAUCAUACCUGUGUCACCGUUCAUACUGCUACCGGUACCGAUGCUCGGCUAGAUCACACAACACAGAUGAUAGUUCUGCUGGUAAUUUAGGUUUCCGUUGUGCUAGAACUGCCUGAGAUCUCUGUCCAUAGUCUUUAAUAAACACUUUUAUACGAAUUUCUAUAUACUUUAGUACUUAAUUGUUAUAUUUUUUUUAUAAGUAAAUAUAAAAACUCUGUAAUUUGUAAAAAUAAUAUUCAAUUUUGUAAGUUAUUGCUGAAUGCUGUUUGUAGAUUUUUUAUUGUUUCUAGUCUUCCAUGUUUAUAAAUAAACGUAUGUGUUUUAUAUGU